GAUUGUAAUUCUGAGAAAGUACAGCAAAAUGUAUGUCAUGAAUUUCACAAUCAUAUUGUUCAUCCAACUUAUAGUGUUAUGCGGAAGUGCCGUAGUUCCAGGUUGCGAGAUAGAUCCUUUUGUCUCGAAUGCACCAUUGCUAAUAAGAUCAGGGACAUCCAAAAUACUGUAUCCUUCAUACAACAAAACCACCGUAAGAUUCAACGUGGGUGACACUGUGGAGUUUUCAUGCCCUCAAACAACACUCCUAGUGGACGGUGCAAGAACCGAAUCAAUCGUAGAAGCAACUUGCAUAUCCAACCAGCUGUUCCGAUUGACAGGCAAGAAAUUCCUCUGGAAUCAAAUAUCUUGUGACAAAACUCCAGUAUCGACUAGUAGAUUCGUCACUGGGAGCUGCGGCAGUAACACUAGGCUAGCCGAAAUCGGCUUCCAAUUAGACAGCACAAGAUUUCUACACACGAUGACUGUUUGCUUCAACACCAAAACCCAAUCUUCACUCUGGUGCCAAACCGAGAUAUCCUCCAACAUAGCUUCUCGUGUAUCAGGUACACCAAGACCAUACUUUUUCCAAGACGAAGGUUUCUACAACUUCACAGUCAACAAUUUUUACACCAGAAGCAGGCAGCGCAAGACGAUCAACAACCUAUUGGGUUUGCCGAACAAUUCCCUCAAGUAUAUCGACAAUGGGUCUCUGUAUUACUUGGCAAGAGGUCACCUGAGUGCUAGAGCAGAUUUUGUUUAUGCAGCCCAGCAAAACGCCACCUUCAAGUACAUCAAUACCGCGCCACAUUGGCAAUCUUUCAAUGGAAGAAACUGGAACAUAGCCGAAGCAGAUACGAGGUCCUAUGCCAGCUCCCGCAAUGUGAGCUUGCAAGUCUGGACUGGCACUUACGGCAUAGCUACUCUACCCCACGAAAAUACUAGACAACAAGUAGAUUUGUACCUUUACGUGAACAAUGGAGAUAAAGCUAUGCCAGUGCCAGCUAUGUUUUGGAAGCUGGUUUAUAAUCCUGCGGACAGGAGAGGGGUGGUUCUAAUUGGUCUGAACAACCCGCAUCAGUCAGAUGUGUCGAAGAAUAUAAUUUGCGAUGAUGUUUCUAGUAAGAUGACUUGGCUCAACUGGAACGGGAAGAAUAUUGACCAAGGAUAUUCGUAUGCUUGUAAUGUCGCUAGCUUCAGGAAGGUUGUCGCUUAUGCUCCAAGCCUUCCUGUAUCAGGAUUGUUAAUUUGAUUUUCGAAUUCGACGUUGUUUUUUUCUUAUAUUCUUUCCAUCUUUUGAAUAAGAAAUAGGUUGAUACGUGAUAAACAAGCAGAAUAU